GUACCACGUUUGUAUGCAGGAACUUUCCCUCUUUUUUUUUCGAAGAGUACGCGUAGUAAAUAUUAAAAAAAAAAUGACCGAAGACCCCAACAUAGUGUACGUUUUCGUUGAGAACGAGGACAGAAAUGUUACGAUGGAGGACGUGAGCGACUGGCUCGGCAUCAUCGACGAGAUCGAAUCCACCAAAUUUCAGUUCGACGCCACUUCGGGGAGCACGUGCUAUCAAGUCCGUUUUCGGAAAAGCAUAUCGGCUCAACAGACUGUGCAAUAUUUAAGCGGUUCGAAGCUGAAGAAUUGCACAAUAACCAUUAAAUCCAAAACCUUUCAGAAGUGCGAGGUUGCGCCCGCGACGGACGAUGGCACCAACGGCGAUGCCGGCGCGGCGUCCGGGCGGCCAAAAGAGAUGAAUCGGGCUGCCCCCGUCAGCGCGCGCAAUAUCAGCGCGAUACUCCCGCUCAACGACAGGCUCCCACCGGAGGUUCAAAUGGAUGCCGUCCUGGCGGACCUACUCCCGGCAUUGGCGAAGGAAACGGAGUCCUAUCCGGGUGUUGAGGCGUUCAUGCAGGAGCUCCUUGCGGCGCAGACAAAGCUGGCCGGACUGCUCGCGGACAUCGCCGAAGUGGACGAGCAAAUCCAACGUCGCAACGAGGCUCUUGAAGAAGUCCUAGCCGCUCAGAAGCACGCACCUCAGACGGAAGCCAAUACAUUCAAUGGAAAAGAAACCGCAAAUGGAGACUCAAAUUUACCAUCUAAACCAACCAUUUUCAGCAAUUCUACUGGCAUAGCAGCGUUUGAAUGCUCGCCGCUGGAUCUCGUUUCGUUUCUGACAAAAAGGUUCGGCCCCAUUUCGCAGUGUGAGUGUUUGAUCAAUCCACAGACCGAGUUAUAUUUCGUGUCCAUUCAAUUUAUGAUGCCAAGUGAUGGCGACGCGUUUAGACAACGCAUCGAUUCUAAGACGGACGGGGAUUUGGAGCAGCGGAAGAAAUCACGUGUGGAGGUUAGUUUGAGCGAGCAGAUGGUGUUCAAACAGCAGUGGAACGUCUUGUAGUGUGUUAUUUUGUUCCAGAGAUAUAAUUUUGUGUGAAUGUGCGUGAACGUGAACCCUCGUGGUAUUCAUUUCACUUGCACUCAUAGACUCAAAUAUUCUCUUCUUCUAAGAAAAAAAAA